UUGUGCUUAUAGUGAGCCUUUCAUGCCUGGCAUGUCAAUGUCCACAAACUCUACACAACGUGGUAAGAUAUUAUCCAGCUCCGAUAACUGUCAUGGCACCGUGGGACAAAACGGGAAAAUAACAGCUGCAUUUGGAAUGUCACUUGAAAUCAUGUAGCAAUUUGGAAUUAUAACAUCGGAGGUUGCAGCCGUACGUGAUUUUAAUUGCGUUUGCAUACUCUGUUUGGGGAGCGAUGUGUGUGCUUGUCUGAAGAACGGGACCUGAAAAAAGGAGGGGAAUAUUUGUUGGAUAGCGGAGUAGCGGAAGUCAAAAUCGAAGGGGAGAUGGAGUGAAGGUCUGGCGGAGACCCAGCCGCGAGAGCUCCUGUUGCCAUCACCGGCGAUGUCUUGGGCAAAAUGCAUCACAUUUGCCCAGUCUCAUUUCUCAAAAAACACCCUUAGCACCCACGACAGACAACAAGCAAAACAGGAUUGCUGCAAACCGUUCUCUGAUCAAGGCAAUAUCGGAAGCAAAUCGCUACUAAUGGAAUACGUUAAUCUCUAGAUUGUCAUUAGCACUGUUUCGGCAGUAGCGCUGAACACUAGACAGUCUUGCUGUUUUAGUCAUCGUUACAGUAUAGCUACAAACAACAAGGAAUAAGGGAUGUGGGAAUUCCAGAAAAGAAGAUUAUUCGGUGUUCUCUCAGCACCGGUUAUUGUAGCAGUUGUGUGCUGUGCGCAGAGCGCCAAUGAGCCCGGGAAUAUGUCUUUUGUCAAAGAGACAGUGGACAAACUGUUAAAGGGAUACGACAUUCGCCUUCGACCAGACUUUGGAGGGGCCCCGGUCGCUGUUGGCAUGAGCAUAGACGUGGCGAGCAUAGACAUGGUCUCAGAAGUCAAUAUGGACUACACGUUAACCAUGUACUUUCAACAGUACUGGAGGGAUAAGCGGUUGGCCUACGCGGGCAUACCUUUGAACCUGACACUCGACAACCGCGUGGCGGAUCAGCUGUGGGUGCCAGACACCUACUUCCUGAACGACAAGAAGUCGUUCGUGCAUGGCGUGACGGUGAAGAACCGGAUGAUCCGGCUCCACCCAGAUGGCACGGUUCUCUACGGUCUCAGGAUCACCACCACAGCUGCCUGCAUGAUGGACCUCCGCAGAUACCCGCUGGAUGAACAAAACUGCACCCUGGAAAUCGAGAGCUAUGGUUACACCACAGAUGACAUUGAGUUCUACUGGAAAGGCGGAGACAAUGCCGUGACUGGCGUGGCGAGGAUUGAGCUGCCUCAGUUCUCAAUCGUGGAUUACAAGCUGGUCUCCAGGAAUGUUGUCUUUUCCACAGGAGCCUACCCACGACUGUCUCUGAGUUUCAAACUGAAGAGGAAUAUUGGAUACUUCAUCCUCCAGACGUACAUGCCCUCCAUUUUGAUCACCAUCUUGUCCUGGGUGUCAUUCUGGAUCAAUUACGAUGCCUCCGCUGCACGAGUGGCUUUGGGAAUCACGACUGUGCUGACCAUGACCACCAUCAACACGCACCUGCGCGAGACCCUUCCCAAGAUCCCCUACGUCAAGGCCAUUGACAUGUACCUGAUGGGCUGCUUCGUCUUCGUCUUCCUGGCGCUGCUGGAGUACGCCUUCGUCAACUACAUCUUCUUCGGGAGGGGCCCGCAGAUGCAGAAGAAACUGGCGGAGAAGGCGGAGAAGGCCAACAAUGACCGCAACAAGUACGACAGCAACAGGUCUGGUCUGGAAGGAGGCAAUUGCAAGCCGUCAUCGGUUAAACAGUCCAAUCAGGUACAAGGGCAUCGUCACUCACGAGCGGUCGACGCUCACGGGAACAUCCUACUGACAACCCUGGAGAUCCACAACGAGGUGGCGGGCAACGAGGUGACGACCAGCGUGACGGAGGCGAGGAACUCCACCUCCAUGGCGUUCGACAACUCAGGAAUCCAGUACAGGAAACAGAGCAUGCCCCGAGAGGCGGGCCGCCACAGCCUGGACCGGAGCGCGCAGCUUAAGAAGACGCGCCUGCGCAGACGGUCCUCGCAGCUGAAAAUCAAAAUCCCCGACCUGACGGACGUGAACGCCAUCGACAGAUGGUCGAGAAUCAUAUUCCCCGCCACCUUUUCCCUCUUCAAUCUAAUCUACUGGCUUUACUACGUGAACUAAGCAAUGAGUACGUGUAAAAACAAAAAAAAAAAAAGACUGAUUCUAUAUGAGGUACCAAGGACGCAAUUUUUCGCCCUCUUUGUCAGUUUUUAUACUCUAGCAAUCUUGCUCAAAGUAGGAUUUCGAUGGAUUGCAAACUUUCUCACAAAAAAACUUUUUUUUUUUGUAAAGAACUGUUGUAUAAAUAGAUGCUCUCUGCCAUUCAUAGUCACAGGGACUGCAUGCACGAUAUAUUCAAAAAACUUUCACUUCCGCUAUAAGAUCUGUAACCCAAUCAACAUGAUAUAGGCUUCAAUAAAAAUAGCAUUAUAUAGUGAUGCUUUUAUAUAAUUAAAUAAGAGCAUUAUUAUGUGAGGACUGCGGUA